CCAACAUGUCUGCCCGCAUUGAUGACAGACGAACUCGUGUUUGCCUCGAUGAACACAGCGUGAAAGAUGUGCACUCUUCCGAUUUUCCUGGCAGUUACGAUGGAUAUGAUGACUCUUGGAGUCAGGAAUAUUUUGAAAAGCAAUUUAAGAUCGAAGUAUUAAGUUUGUCUGAAACUGAGAUGGAAUUUGAUAUGAUUGGUAUUGAUGCUGCCGUUGCUAAUGCUUUCAGGAGAAUACUGUUAUCUGAA